CUUCACAAAACUGUUUGCAUACCAAUCUCCCCUCAACACUGCGAGCCUGGCCAAACUGGGAUCGCAGAUCUAGGAGCGGUGGAUUUUAUUAGUUGGACGCUGCUGGGCAUAAUUCCUCUCCGUGGCUCAUCGACAUUUGUUCUUUUAUUUGACCACUUUCCUCCAGCAGUCCCAGGCUUCUCACAUCGGCUUUUUAGAAACAUUUUCCCAGGGUCUUGUCACAGAGAGAGGUUCCGACACUGAGCUGCGUUUUGAGCCCAUGAAAACAGGAGAGGAGGGAGAACCGAGAGAAGUCAUCAGAUUCACCUGAACGGAGGCACACGCAGAUACUCAUGGGGCAGGGAGAGGCUUCAGCGCGGGGGACAACCAUGGAGGGGGACUGUCUGAGCUGCAUCAAGUACCUCAUGUUUGUCUUCAAUUUCCUCAUCUUUCUGGGGGGCUCUUUCCUCCUGGGAGUGGGAGUGUGGGUACUGGUGGACCCCACAGGGUUCAGAGAAAUUGUCGCAGCGAACCCCCUGUUAUUCACUGGUGUCUACAUCAUCCUGGGCAUGGGAGGCAUGCUCUUCCUCCUGGGCUUCCUCGGCUGCUGUGGAGCCAUCCGCGAAAACAAGUGUCUGCUCCUCUUUUUCUUCAUGCUCAUCCUCCUCAUCUUCCUAGCAGAGCUGGCUGCUGCCAUCCUGGCCUUCAUUUUCCGGGAGCAUCUGACCAGAGAGUACUUCACCAAGGAGCUGAAGAGACACUACCAGGGCUACAACAACACUGAUGUCUUCACCUCAACAUGGAACGCCGUCAUGAAUACAUUUGACUGCUGUGGGGUGAACAGCCCAGAGGAUUUUAAGGACAGUCUGUUCAGGAUGAUCAACCAAAAUCAUAUGGUGCCAGAAGCCUGCUGCCAGCGUGCCAGUCAGACCGGGGAGUUGGCCUAUAUCAGCAAGGAGCAGUGCCUAUUGGGCAAUAUGAUGUUCCGCAAUAACAAGGGCUGUUACUCUGCAGUUGUUGACUACUUCGAACUGUACAUCUAUGUGGCAGGAGCGCUUGCCAUUGUGGUGCUGACCAUUGAGCUCUUUGCCAUGGUGUUUGCGAUGUGUCUCUUCAGGGGAAUCCAAUAGAGCUGCUCCACCUGUGAACUUCUUUUUCUAAAAAGGGAAUUCAGGAGAAAAGAACAAAAUGGACAUUUGUAAAUUUGUUGAUCUCCUUUUCUAUUGGCUAAUUGUUAGAAAAACAAACUCUCAAACUCUUGUACUUCACAGCUGGACUUUUGAGGUACUGGGUGCCAAAACAACACGUAUACACACACACAUAAAUCAUAGAGAAAGUGGGAGACAAAACUGAUGUAAAAAGAUUUGUGUGUAAAGUGGAAACAGUAAUUCUUUUGGACCAGGUCUAGCACAGACUGGGUGUAAAGUGGACACGGCAUGAGGACCAGGUGAAGCCUGAGCAGAAGGCACUGCACUGACUUUUGGAUGAAGAAUAUUUAUAUUAAGUAAAGUUGGCUUAACUGUAAAAAAAAAUGUGUGUUAUGUACACUUUGGCUGUUUCCCUUUUCCUGCUCAUACUGUAUACUGUAACACUCCCUCCCUUCAUAUGCCUUUUAUACAGCCACGCUUCUUUAAUGCUGUGUUACAUAAGCCCUGUGUGUGAGUGAGUGUGUGGGUGUGUGUGUGUUUGUGUACAUACUGGAUGCUCUUUUUGAAUGUGUAUGAAAUAGUUUGUGAGCAUGUGAGCUCGAGGCUCUUCAUGACCCCUCCUAAGCUUUGAAAGCCAACCUCUGAUUCUUUUUCUAUCUGUAUGGUGCUGUUUACUGCAGUAGUGGUUAUAAUGUGGUUUUAGGUGGUGAAAUGUAUGUGUAUGCAUUUGUAUUAGAUUCUUGAAAAGUCAAUGACAUAAAUGGCAUUCUAAAUGAC